AUGGCGCCUACGAGUGCCGCCAUCACAGGGUUGCUCCGCCAGGUCGUCUACUACCAUGUCGACAACAAUGCCUACGAGAGUGCCCUCUUCUUCGCCGAGAGGCUAAGCGCCCAAGAUCCCAAGUCGAGCGAGUCUGCACACCUCUUGUCACUCUGUCACCUCCGUCUCGGCGACCACAGGACCGCCUUUGAAGUCAGCAGGCCAUCCGCCUCCCGGGGGUCCAAUCUCGGCGCCGCCUGGGUCUUUGCCCACGCGUGUAUGAAGAUGGAACGAUACAAGGAUGGCAUUAACGCCCUGGAAAAGGCGCGGGAGAAGUGGGCUGGCAAGAUGAACUUGGGCAAACACACCACCUCGACUCGUUCAUUAUAUCCCGACGAGGCUGCUGUUCUUUGUCUGCUCGGCAAGCUUUACCGGGCCUUCGAUGACAAGCGGAGAGCCAUUGAGUGUUUCGAGAACGCAGUGAGGGUAAACCCUUUCAUGUGGGACGCCUUCCAGGCCCUCUGCGAUAUGGGUGUGAAGCUGCGCGUACCCAACAUUUUCCAGGUCACCGACCCUCUCGUUCACUCGUUCGAAUCAGAGGUCGCGACACCGUCAUAUGAGUCCAAGGACGGCACGGCCAACUCUUUUGAGCCCAAGAGGCCCUCGGUGCGCCCCCCAAUGGACUCGUCCGACCCCUUCAACCUCCACCGUUCCUCCACCUACCAGGACAUGCCCUACAGCGCCAACAUGUUUUCUGCCGAGGCUGAAGAGAACGACUUCAUGUCCAAGAUCACUGCCGCAAGGUCAAGGUUGGCACCGCCUGCCACGAGCAAUGGGGACCUAGAUCUCUUGGAAACCCCCACGGGGCCGGUGUCCAUGCCCGAAGUGCCGACCGUGCGCUCGACACUAGGCGUCGCCGAACCACCACAAGCACCGCCACGCAGGACGAGGACGGCCCAGGCCGUCGACCCCGGCUUCCUUGAAGCUCCGCCGAAGAUGAGCUACAAGCUGGGCGGCGCUAAGAGAAGCACCAGAAGUCAGGAUAAAGAGCAACAGCAGUCCGUGGAGCUGCAUUCCGACACAGGCACUGGCACCGGAGCCCUACGAUCGACAGUGGCGCCUACAGAACGGAAACGGACGGUGUCCGGGCAUCCUGUUUCCCGUCAACUCUCGGAAGAAGCGAGUGCGCCCACCCAACGGAGAAGCGCGAGGCUCAACAUGUUUAACAAGCCCUCGAUCAUGAAGUCCAACUCGGGCGCCGCUACCAUCGGCGCCACUGCUGGUCGCGAGCUGAAGAAGGCUAGGCCCCAGAUUUCUCGAAUAAUGCGUCCUGGUUCCAGUGGCUCCAGCGUCGGGAGGGUUGUGAGCGGCAACCGCAAGCCCGUCGAAGACAAUGGUAUGGAUGUCGACCAUGCCGAAAGUGCUCGAGUGAGGGACUCUCACGCUGUACAGCACGCAGCGCCGAAAGGCGCUCCUCCUGAGCCAGACCACGCCAGAAUCGAGGAGGCUCUAAGAUGGGUGAUGGAGCUGAUGAAGAAGUUCGCAUCUGGUUAUUACUCGUUCAAGGCGUUCCGCUGCCAGGAGGCGCUGCAAACGUAUGCCUCGCUGCCGAGGAGCCAGCAAGAUACCCCCUGGGUUCUAGCACAGAUGGGACGGGCACAUCACGAACAAGCCGCCUACCAGGACGCUGAGAAAUACUUCAGAAAAUUACGCGUACUGGCACCCACCCGGAUGGAGGACAUGGAGAUAUACUCGACCAUCCUGUGGCACCUCAAGCGCGAGACAGAUCUCUCCUUCCUCGCCCAUGAGCUCGUGGAUGCCGACUGGACGUCACCACAAGCAUGGUGUGCCCUGGGUAACGCCUGGUCGCUGGCACGAGAGCACGAACUGGCACUACGCUGCUUCAAGCGCGCGACGCAGCUCAACCCCAAGUUCGCAUACGCCUUUACUCUGCAAGGCCACGAGCACGUCGCAAAUGAAGAAUACGAAAAGGCUCUCGGCGCCUUCCGCAAGGCUGUCGCGGCCGACCGGCGACACUACAACGCUUACUAUGGCAUAGGCCAGGUCUUUGAGAAGCUCGGCAACCACGAAAAGGCAUACGUGCAUUUCCACACGGCCUCCGACAUCAACCCGAACAAUGCCAUCCUCAUUUGCCGCAUUGGAGUCAUCCUCGAGGGGCAGAAGCAGAUGAUGGCCGCAUUGCAGUUCUACAGCAAGGCCACAGACUUGGCGCCUCGGGCGACCGUUGUUCGUUACAAGAAGGCGCGCGCCUUGAUGAGUCUUGGCAAGAUUGAUCUUGCAGAGAAGGAGCUGCUUAUCUUGAAGGACACGGCCCCCAACGAGGCCAUGGUGCACUUCCUUCUGGGCAAGUUGUACAGAAACAUCAACGAGAAGCAAAUGGCGGUGCGCGCCUUCAGCAAUGCGCUCGCUCUGGACCCAAAGGCCAGCCAGUCGAUCAAGGACGCCAUUGAGAGUCUCGAAGAUGAUAUGGGCAUAGAAGACUCCAUGAUGACGUAG